UACCAGGACAAACCACAUCUGAUAAACAGAAGUCAGGGUCUGGGAGUGCUAAAAUGGUUACUAAACUUCCACCAGUAAAUGCUUCUCGAGAAGCAUCAGAUAAAGUAGUUGAGGCUUACAGCGUUACUCUCUCACCUUCCUCACCUAAGACAAAAUGUGCAGAAAUUUUUGGAACGCCUACUAAUAAUGUUGCUAGCAACAUAUUUUCUCCAAAUUCAAUGAAUAAGAAUGACAUGUCAUUAUGGAUUGCGGAGAGAGGAUUUAACCCCAUGACUUUUAAUUGCAACCCACCUCACGCACGGUUCUUCAUAAUCAAGUCUACUACCGGAGAAGAUGUUCAUAAAUCAAUAAAGGUUGUUCACUAUGACAUUUGGACCAGUACAGAAAUGGGUAAUCGUCGUCUAGAUAAGGCUUUUCGCGAUAGUGCAGAUAAAGGUCCAAUUUAUUUGUUCUUUAGUGUCAUUGCAAGUGGACAUUUUUGUGGUAUGGCAGAAAUGCUUACUCCUGUGGAUUAUACAACAAAUAGUAGCCUUUGGGCACAAGAUAAAUGGAAAGGUUUAUUUAAAGUUAAAUGGAUUUUUGUUAAAGAUAUUCCUAAUGGCCAAUUGAAGCAUAUUAGAAUAGUAAAUAACGAAAAUCAACCCGUUACUAAUAGUCGGGACACCCAGGAACUGUUUCCUGAACCUGGUCGUGAUAUGUUGGAAAUAUUUUUCGCUUAUCGUAACAAAACUUCAAUAUUCAAUUGUUUCGAAAUUUAUGACAAACGUCAAGUUGAAAUGCGAAAAGAUGGAAUUGCACCUUUAUCCAACGUUCGUUGGAACGAUUCAGACGAGGAUUAA